AUGGCAGGGUGUGGCCGAGUGCGGUUGGGGUGGCCUGUCAAGGAGCACGGGCAGCUGCACGUGCAUGUGCUGCCGUUGCUCCUGCGCUUCUGCUCGUGCGCGGUGGCGUGCAUGUGGCUGCGUGCACGGGCUGCAGGGCCGGAGCGGAACGAGAAUGGGCGGGCAGGGUGCACAGCGGCAGCUGCUCUGCGCGCGGCGGCAGCGGCUGCUACGUGCGUGGUGGCGUCUACUGCUCGUGUCCAUGCGGUGGCGCGCGCGCUCGCGGCUACUGCUGCUGUGCACACUGCUUGUUCGCCGCCGUAUGUGCUGUUGGCUGCACGCGCGGCAAUGCGUGUUGCAGCUGCGUGCGCACGGCACGGCACGGCGCAGGACGUGACAAAAAGGGGGAGGCAGCGCGCGGCGGCCUAUGGGCGCGCGGGUGCUUGCAAGAGCUCAUGCGCGCGUGUUUGCCUAGGACAGGGCGCGCUACGAGGCGUUAUGGGGCACGCUACGGAUGGGGCGCGUUACGAAUGGGGCUAG